AUGGGUUGCUGCAAAAGUGUAUAGAUUAAGCUAAAUAAUACUAAAAAGCAUCCAUUUAAUGGCAAAUAUCAACAGAUAAAUGGAGGGGAAAUUAUGAUCAUCCUAUUUACUGAUGUCAAAUAGGAGUUAUAUAAUGUGAUGGGUUCAAAGUAGGUAUUAGAGAACUUUAGAAAAAGCAGAAGGUCAAAUUAAGUAUUUAACACGAGUAAAUCUCAAUUCGUUUAACAACAACGAAGUGAAGGUUAGAAUUCAUCCAAAUAAAAGGUAGUAAUUGAUGACAACUACUAUAUCUACGUCUUACAUAGAAGAGAAAUCAUUUAAAACUCUGAAGAGAUAAAUUCAGUUGAAACUGUAAGAAAGGAUAAGAAUAAAAAUAGAUCACAUAGUAAAAUUGGAGGGCUCUAAUCUAUCAAACAUUAAGAUAAUCUUUUGAGGAUAGAGAGAGAUAUCAUCAUUGAUGAUCCGAACUUAUUUGGUGUUCUUUACAAAAAUCCAUUUAAAAACUAAUCAAAAAGUAACAAUCAUUCAAGCAGGGAUAUGAGGGCUAAAAAAAGGAAAGAUGAAAGAAGUUCAUCUGAAAAGGGUGGCUUAAUAAAUAAGAGUAGAGGAAGGAUCCAUGAAUUCUAUAGUAAAUUUUAAAACUCAGAACUAUCUGAGGAAACUGAUUAAAUAGAAGGCAAUUAAACUCACAGUAAUGUAUAUUUUCAGAAUAACUAAAUUUAAAACAAGCUUCGCUCAGUGCAGAAGUUUAUUUAAAACCAUAAAAAAGCUAACUCCAUACUACCGCUUUUGGCCGAUUCUAAGGAUAAUCUUAAACUAACUGAGUAGUCAAGUGCUUAGAGACGAAUAUUUAUACUUUCUAAGAAUAUCAAUGAGUAUACAAAUUCCAGAGAUUAGUAACCACCUGAUAUUGACUUUAGAGUUUAAACAACUGGAUAGCUGGAAUUGUUUAGUACUCUUCAUAAUAAAUCUGAAAGAAGAAGGUCUAAAAUAAUUGAGGAGGGGGUAAAUUUUUCAAGAUAAUAAUCUCCUAAGAAACAAAGAGUACCAAGAAGAGCAAAAGACUCAAAUGACAGCAUACAUGCAGUUUAAAGUGUUAAUGUCCUCGGGCUAAACAAAUAAACGAAAAAAAAGAAAUCUAGAAAGGGUAGUGGCUUCAUAAAACCCAACUAUUGA